AGUAGUCGCAAAAGCCGCGCUGGUGCAUGCGCACAAAAAGCGCCGGCAAUUGGGGACGCAGCUAGAGAUGCUGCGGCCGGCAGGGCUCUGGCGUUUAUGUCGGCUAUCUUGGGCGGCGAGGGUCCCAGCGGAGAAUCUUGGCCGUAGGGACGUCACCUCUGGUGUCUCUCCUCGCGGCAGCACCUCGCCCAGAACCCUGAAUAUCUUCGACCGGGAUUUGAAAAGGAAACAGAAGAACUGGGCGGCCCGGCAGCCCGAGCCGACGAAGUUUGACUACCUGAAGGAGGAGGUUGGAAGUCGGAUCGCAGACCGUGUAUAUGACAUACCCAGAAAUUUCCCCCUUGCUUUGGAUCUUGGUUGUGGAAGAGGUUACAUUGCACAAUAUUUGAAUAAGGAAACUAUUGGAAAGUUUUUCCAAGCCGACAUUGCAGAAAAUGCUUUGAAAAAUUCCUUAGAAACAGAAAUACCUACUGUCAGUGUUUUAGCUGAUGAAGAAUUCCUUCCCUUCAGAGAAAAUACAUUUGACCUGGUGGUUAGCAGUUUAAGUUUGCAUUGGGUGAAUGACCUUCCUAGAGCACUUGAACAGAUUCAUUAUAUUUUAAAACCAGAUGGAGUGUUUAUCGGUGCAAUGUUUGGAGGUGACACACUCUAUGAACUUCGGUGUUCCUUACAGUUAGCGGAAACGGAAAGAGAAGGAGGAUUUUCUCCACACAUUUCUCCUUUCACUGCUGUCAAUGACCUGGGACAUCUGCUUGGGAGAGCUGGCUUUAAUACUCUGACUGUGGACACUGAUGAAAUUCAAGUUAACUAUCCUGGAAUGUUUGAAUUGAUGGAAGAUUUACAAGGUAUGGGUGAGAGUAACUGUUCUUGGAAUAGAAAAGCCCUGCUGCAUCGAGACACAAUGCUGGCAGCUGCGGCGGUGUACAGAGAAAUGUACAGAAAUGAAGAUGGUUCAGUACCUGCCACAUAUCAGAUCUAUUACAUGAUAGGAUGGAAAUAUCAUGAGUCACAGGCAAGACCAGCUGAAAGAGGCUCCGCAACUGUGUCAUUUGGAGAGCUAGGAAAAAUAAACAACCUUAUGCCACAGGGGAAUAAAUCACAAUAAAUAUUUAUUCAAUGUUAAUGUCGUCCAGAAUUUUCAUCAGAGAUGGAUAACUUUCACAUCUAAAAUUAUUAUAUUUUGAAGCAAGAAGCACUCUAAGCUAUUUACUAAUAGACUUUUCAUAUAAUUAGGAAAACCUAAUAUCACAUCUAUAGUAACCAUUUCAGUUUCAUAUUGCUUCUGUUUUCAUAAGGAUACUGCUGAGUGUCUUUGCAGAUUCAGCCUAAAAGCAAAGAAAAUAUUUCCCUAAAAUAUUUGCAAAUAAUGUUCACAUAUGUAAAUGCCUGGGAAAAUAGUACUCAUGCUGACCUUUUGUACCUUUUUCUCCUGCUUUGAUCUUUUGUUACUUCUGUGAGAGGACCACAGCCAUGAAUAUGAGAGGAGAAACAAGUUUGUCGGUUCUUUAGAGUUCUGGCUCGUUUAGAUUGAAAACACAGACUUUUUAUAAUUACUAUUGUAAGGUACUUAAGCCAGAAUUGUAUUUGUCAUACUGUUUUCUUUGCCUUGAAGAGGAACAGAUGAAUAUGCACCUUCUCCAGAGUUAUGUGGUUUUAGAAUUUAGAAGAGCAUGUAUCUUUAUUAAAUCCCUCCUCAACUCUUUUUUUUUAAAGCAUCUGAAUUUAACCUAAUUUCUUUUUUAUCUCCAUGGUGUGGGUGGGACCACCAUGGUUUUACACCCCACCCUACCUUAGGAAGAAGAAAACAUUUUAAAGAAUAACAGAAGUAGAAUCACAUGUAACAGUCUCUGCACAGUCAUGAUGAGUUUAUUGUUAGGCUUGCCUUUGUAAUUUCAGGGCUUAAGCACUGUUAUCCUAAUCCAAGUUCACAGUGCUGUUGUUGUCGACAAGAGUUCAAAAUCAUUUGGAAAUAAUCAAGCUUAGACAGCUUAGGAUAGGUGAGAAGAACAUAGAGGAAGCAAGGAGAAGGCUGAGAAGCAAGCAGGAGUGAGUGCUAAGUGUGUUGUUUCCAGUUAGCUGUUUGCUGUCUUUUCCAUUUAACCAGGGCACUGCCCCAGCCUCAUCUUCAGCCUUCAGUGAUCUAUAAUAGCAUUUCCUUCUGUCUCCUCUCAGUCUCUCUUCCGCCUUCUUUCCCUCCUUUACUGUAUUAGCAGCAAGCUCUCCAUGGGUCGGGGCUGUGUGUUAGCCUGUACAUAGCACAUGGUGCUUUGCACAUAGUAGAUAAUUCAGUUACAUUUUGAACUAAUUAUAUAACAAACUUGCCCUUUGAAAGACUAAGUUAUAGUUAAAAACCAAGAUUUGUAGGAGAAAAAGAAAUUAUUGUUCCCUUCAGUUGGAAAAAUCAUCGAUAUUUGAAACUGGGAUACGCUUGGUAGCUUUUUGUUUUAACACAAAGUAAACCUGUGAAGUAGAAUUUGGCGUUUUGUUUUUUGGGUUUUUUUUUUUUUUAGCUUAAUUUUCAGAACUUGAAGAGGGAGAACAACAACAAAAAACAAACUGGCGCAUGCCUGUAGUCCCAGCUCCUUGGGAGGCUGAGGCAGGCAGGAGUUCAAGGCUGCAGUGAGCUGUCUGUGCCAUGGCACUCCAACCUGGGCAAAAGAGGAGACCUUGUCUUAAGAAAAAUCCACCAAAAACCCUGUGUUUUAAAGUGGAAACUGAUGAUGGAGGAAUGGGUAAAUUCCAGGGGUCUAUAUUUCCAAAAGGACAUGUGUUUUUGUGCACUAAUACUUGUUUUUGAAGAACACAUCUCAAAGUGUUAAGUGGCUGUUGCUGAGGAAGGGGACUGAGGAACUGGGUGUGUCUGUGUUAUUCUGUUUGAAUGUCUGUCAGGGGUAUAGAAACUAGGAGGGAGACUUGUACUUUUCACUUUUCAAACUUCCUGUAAAAUUUGAAUUUUCCAAGCAAGAUAUUACUUUUGCUUAUUUAAUGUCAACGGAAUUAUAUGUGGAUGGUGGGGUGGGGCUACGGAUUACUCUACCCUGGCUAUCCCAAAAAAAGCUCCAUUUGUUUAAAAAAAUUAAGUAAAUAAAACACAGCUAAUUGAGGA